AUGUUCACCAAGACUGCUAUCAUCCUGGCUGCUGCCAACCUCGCCGCCGCGCACACCACCUUCCAGAGCUUCGUCAUUGACGGCAAGGACCAGGGCCAGCACUUCGCUGUCCAGACUCCUUCCAACGGCAACAACCCCAUCCUCGAUGUCACCUCCACUGCCAUGAUCUGCAACGGUGGCAAGGCCACCUCCGACCAGGUCGAGGUUGCUGCUGGCUCCAAGCUCGGCAUGCAAUGGCACCACAACGACCCCGCCUCCGCUGGCGACGGUGACGACCCGAUCGCUCCCUCCCACAAGGGACCCGUCAUGGUCUACAUCGCCAAGGCCGACACCAACGGCGAGGGCGCCGUCUGGACCAAGAUCUACGAGGACGGUCUCACCGGCUCCAAGUGGGGUGUUGAUAACCUCAUCUCCUCCAAGGGACUCUUGGAGAUUGACCUCCCCAACCUCGAGGCUGGCGACUACCUCAUCCGCCCCGAGAUGAUCGGUCUCCACGAGGCCAGCGCCGAGGGCAAGGCCCAGUUCUACAACGGCUGCGGUCAAAUCAAGGUCACUGGCAGCGGCUCUGCUGCUCUCCCCGCCACCGGUGUCGACAUGACCAAGGCUUACAAGGCCACCGACCCCGGUGUCAUGUUCAACAUCUACGGUGGUGCCACCGACUACACCGUCCCCGGUCCCAAGGUCUGGGACGCCGCCACCGCCGGCAGCGCCCCUUCCACCCCCUCCAAGCCUGUUGAGUCGGCUGCCCCCUCCACCCCCGCCUCCAGCGCCGCUCCUUCCGCCACUCCCUCUCCCGUCGAGUCGGCCGCUCCCUCUGCUCCCUCUGCCACCAAGCCCGCUGCCACCCCCUCUCCUUCCACCGGCAGCGGCUCUGCUCUCCCCGAGACCUUCACCAUCGAGCAGUUCAUCCAGUGGCUCAAGACCGCCACCGGCAGCUCUGCCUCCAAGGCUCGCCGCCACGCCCGCGCUUUCAACUUGUAA